GGGCUAGUCGGGAAAAAGAUGAAGAUAAAUUUGUCAUUGUUGCGUUUGUGGACAUUGACUCUAUGUACAGGUCUAGUCGUCACACAGGUGCUUCCGAACGAAACUAAAGAUGUAAUGGAAGGGGAUAACGUCCGGCUACCGUGUAGGUUUAAUCCAUCAUUUGCUACGCGCAACAUUCAGUAUUACUGGAACCGAAGUAACCGAAACGGUAAAGACGUGACUGCAAUUAAAGAAGUUUCAUUCGAUGCUCACUAUGGCGUUGAAUUCGCACCUCACGAAGGAAGGUAUGACCUGGUCAUUGCACGUGCUGACUAUGAAGCAGAUAAUGGACAGUUCGACUGCAAGCUGAAAGAAGGAGGCAGUGGAGAUGAUAUUUUUGUCCAAACGUUUCUCGUCACUGUACUCAUUCCUCCAGGUCCACCGGUUGUCACACCCAACAAUCCAAGUGCCCGAGAAGGGGAACCAUUUGUUUUAACCUGCUCCAGUCAGGGUGGAUCUCCUGACCCUGUAAUUCAGUGGUAUCGCCAGGGUAACCUUCUAGAAGGACAAAUACAAAAUGGUAACUCACGGGACAAACCUACAGCCAGUGUUCUGACCAUUACUCCGGGAAUGGAAGAUGACGGCGCCUCCUACCGGUGUACUGCAUGGAAUCGAGCAAUCCGAGAGGAACGGAAGAAAAUGGUGACGGUUAAUCUUCGCGUUCACUACGCACCUAGAGUUACCGUAGGACCAUAUAAUCCCCUAAAUAUUCUAGAGGGCCAAGAUGCUCACCUGGUGUGCUCUGCUGUAGCCAACCCUCCUGUCCGAUCGAUGAGGUGGAUGAAAAAUGGUCAGCUAUUGUCAACCUCUUCAAACCACACUAUUCCAGCUGUCACGCGUGAAGACAGUGGGUUAUACACGUGCAAUGCUGAUAAUGGAUUCGGACAGACAAGCGAAGCCAAGUUGGAAAUGUCCGUGCUUUAUGGACCCAAAGUCACUGUUGAACCUCUUCGAGAAGCACUGUUGGGAGAAUCGAUUACUGUUGCGUGUAACAUUGAUUCCAAUCCCACUCCACAUUCUCUCCAAUGGAUCAGAGAGGGAGAUUCCUUCUUCAGACAAACUGGCGAUACUUUACGAAUAAACAAAGUUACAAUAAGCGAUGUAGGGAAAUACACUUGUAUCGCAGUCAACUCCGUACGACCGUCGGGUUCCACAAUGCAGAAAGAAAUCUCCAGUAAUUCUACUGUCAAAAUUGUGGUCAAGCAUAAACCUGGUGUUGCAACCAUCUUCCCGAUGAAUCCCGUGGCCAUAUCAAGUAAUGCUUUCACUCUUUCUUGUGUUGCUGACCCAGAAGGCUGGCCACAACCUCAGUUUCGGUGGUGGCGAGCAGGUCAGGAAAAGAUAGUGCUAGGAAAAACUGCUAAUUACACAAUCCUUCCUGUCCAUAUCAACCACGAGGGAGAGUAUUACUGUCAAGCUGAAAAUAUUCUGGGUCGUGGAGGAGCCACUUCGGUGUAUCUGACAGUGCAAGAACCACCAUCAGUCCUGCUUUCUUUACGUCCUCAAGUUGUCAAGGAAGAUGGCGACGAAAGUUUCAGCAUUACGUGUAAAGCUCGAGGCAAACCCAAACCUUUCGUGAAGUGGCUUCGAAACGGAAAAGAAAUUAUUGAUAAUAGUGACUUCUUUCGAGUUGAUACAACAAAUCAGAUUGAGGAAAACAAUGCAUUUUCUGUUCAGAGCACACUAUACUUCGACGGGCCGCGGAAGAGGGGAAAAUCUCUUUCUUCCGCUGAUAGAGGGCGCUACAGCUGUUUGUUUGAAAAUGGAGUUGGAGAAUCGACCAGAUCAGAUAUGAGUUUAAGAAUAAAACAUGCGCCCUUUGUCCGACAUACGUAUAACAGGGUUGCAUUUGACGUUGGUGAGACUGCUAUUCUACAAUGUAAAAUGCAGGCUUACCCUGCACCCAGCUUUGAGUGGUACUACAAAGGGAGAAUCGUAGACAAUUACGGCAGCUAUUCCGUCAACGUCACAGAUCUUGGAGAUGAUGUCUACGUUGGACUUUUAACAAUAAGAGACAUGAGGGAAUCUGAUUAUGGAGAUUACACCUGUCAGGCUUGGAACAAAGUUGGAGAUGAUGAGAAGACGAUAAUAAAGCUAGUAACGAAAAGCGCUCCUGACAGGCCUUCCAUGUUAGACGUAGUUGACGUUGGCUUUGACAGACUUACCUUACAAUGGUCUGAAGGCUUUAAUGGAGGAUUUUCGAACACUGAGUUUCUUGUUACUCACACAAACCUGGAAACUGGUCAUCAAAGAAACGAGUCAUGUCGAAGUCACAACCCUUGCCAAAUUACAGGUUUACAAUCAAAGAUUGAGUAUACCUUUAGAGUGAUGGCAGUUAAUCCCCGUGGGUACAGUCCUUAUUCUGAUGAAAUAUCGGUCGUCACCAAAGUGUAUGCUAUUCAUACUCAUAAAUCAAAACUUACAUCAGCACUAUUUCUAAAAGACUAUGAGGUUGAAGCUAAAACUAAAGGAUCAGUAGAAUGGCAACAACAAGCGUUACUUCCUGUUCAACAAGAGGACUCUGAUGUCUACUUAAGACCGCCACCAGAGGGCUUUAGUGACGUGAGAGUUAUUUUGUGCCUGCAAAGUAAUGAAUCCUGGUGUGGAGAUGAAAAGUUAGCAGAACCUUUCAUUGGAGUUAGUCAUUCUGUUGGAAGCACACCACCUCUGUCAACUGGAAAUAUUAUUAUAAUUGUUGCUGUUGCCGCCAGUGUUUUCCUUCUCAUGGUUAUAAUUGUUGUGUGUUGCUGCUUGAAGAAGAAGACUAAAUCAGGGGCAAAAAAUUAUGAAAUGGAAGAAGGAAGUUGGGUAGUUAGUAACUCUGGUUAUUUGUCUGUCUUGGUAGCUGUUACAGUAAAACUUGAGAUGGUUCUAGCAACCAUGGAAACUUAUGAACAAAACGAGAAAUUGAAACUUAAAAUGCAAAGAAGGAAUCAAAUACAUGAAAGAACAAAGACAGUUUCUCAACCAUAUUACACUGAGGGACUGAGUAAGCUUCCAGAGAGCGGGUCUGAUGACCUGACUAAACCACCUGUGUAUACACCAACUUUACCAGCUGGUCACGUCAAUAAUAGUGGACUCCUGCAUGAUCACUUCCAAAACAGGCCUCCUCCAAGUAAUGGUAUAAUUUACUUACCAGAUCAACAACUUUCCCCCAAUGACAGUCAGUCAGAUAUUUGGCUCAAAUGUGGAAGUGAACUUCCCCCAGAGGUCUCCUUCCAACAGUAUGAUGGUGGUCUAUCAAACGGAUAUUUUUAUCCUGAAGACUAUCAUCCACUAGCUGAAGAUAUGAUGAACGUUAGAAACAGGGAUUACAUGCAAUCACCAUACUAUGAAGUCAGUGGUCUCCCAAAUCCUUUUGCCCAGACUGAUGAAGACAAGUCCCCACAGAUCCCCUUGCAUUUUGAUGAAAGCCAAGAAAGUGGUUACUCUACACCCACAUCCAAAAAUCGUAGGGUUGUGCGUGAGAUAAUCGUAUGAAUAUGAAACUACUCUGGAGUCUUUGGCCAAAGAUUGAAAAAUGUUAAAAUAAAUAUUUGUGUUGAAUGUGAAGAACCAAAGUCUUGGUUGAGACAAAUGUUUGUUGAAUGUGAAGAAACCCAACUCUUGAUGGAACAUAUUAGCCAGGGAAUGUUUUCUUACUGAUAGUGUAAAGAUCAGUUUUUGUUAAUAUCUUGUGAAUGUUUAGGGAACAGAGUUGCUAUAAAAUCAUACCCCUGAAAGCACUUUUGUUAAAAUCAGUAUAUUGUUCCUUGAAUGCAGGCACAAAUAUUUAGGAGUUCAAGAGCCAUCACAAUGAGUGUCGCCAAAAUGUUAUUUCAUAUAACAACACUUUAUAGUUGUUUGUGACUAAAAUUCCAAAGAAGAACCUCUGCAUUUAGUACUUAAGAUGGACUAAGACUUGAUGAAGAUGUAAAGUGCCAGAAUAAAAGUCAAGCAAGCACAGAAUAAGUACAUAAUGUGAUCCAAGAUGAGUUAUUUUCUUUUGAAUUUUUCGGACUGUGAACGGUAUGCAGAAGGUCAUUGUCAUUACAUCAAACAUACAAAUGAAGAGAACCUGAACUACUAUGACUUUCAAAUUCGUUUGAAAAAUCUUAAUGCUCUACAGGAGUUGAGAGAUUUGAACACCUUUUAUGAUGUGUGUGUUAGCUGUAGAUAGAGACUGUACAGAAGCCUUAAUGUGAUAGAUCAAAAGUGGUUUGGUGGAGGGAAGUGUUGAGCUUUAUUAGCGAUAGGAAACAGGUAACAGUUUUGUAGAUGGGAAAAAAAAGGUGUUGUUUUCAAUAAGAAAUUUGA